CGAAGUGAAAAUGCCUUCAAAGAUGCUACUUUACCUGACUAUCACCAUCCUGCUCAGUCGAGAGGUGAGACCAUACGACAAGACGGUGGAGAUCACGGAGCUGGAGGUGCCAGAGUCGCCCAGGGCCGGAGACGACGUCACCCUCACCUGUCGCUUCAAGCUGCACGGCAGCGGACACAACCUCUACACCGUCAACUGGUGGCGGGGCAAGGACCAGUUCUACACCUACAAGGGCACCAACCACGACUCCAAACAUGCCUUCACCUUUCGCGGUAUACAGGUGAAAAAGGAGGAGUCGACGCGGGAGUCAGUUGUACUCAAGAACGUAUCUGAAGACACUUCAGGGGUCUUCAAGUGUGAGGUGAUGGGUGAGGGUCCAUCCUUCAGGACAGCUGUCGAGACCAAGGUCAUGAAUGUCAUAGUGCCGCCGAAGACUGUGGAGGUACACUCCUGGGCCGACCCGGACCCGCCCACCUACCGUGCGGGUGAAACUAUCCAGAUUAACUGCACGGCUAGAGGCGCCAAGCCCAGAGCUCACAUUAUGUGGGAGAUCAACGGAAGACCGGUGAGAGAUCUCAACGUGGUGAAGUAUGCAGACUUCGAGGACCACCGAGGGAGAGUGACGACCACUCUGGGCCUCCGCUGGAUGGCCCCAGAGUACUUCCACAACAACAUGGCCCGGGUCACCUGUCGGGCAGCUGUGGCCGGCCACUCCACCACAGCAUCCAAAAAUAUUUAUCUCGACCCAGCAUCCAGCGCCGCCUUCAACCAUCCGUACGGCUCCGCAGGACGUCAUCUGCCAACCACUUGGAGGAUCCUGAGCCUCACCGUCCUCCUGGGGGGACGGAGCCUGCUCUAGGAGGAGGACGACCACGGAGGAGGAGGAAGCGCAGACAACAACAAACAGAAAGGAAAGACGAAGCUAUAGGAGAGAAGAAGGCAGGAGACAACGGUGGGAGUCUUCACACGGAGGAGACCUUCUCCUUCAGCGCCCCCGUCGCCGCCAUCUUCAGGAGACAAAUGACUGUCGCUCUGCCCGUGUUUAUGACAACAAAUGAUGGACAAAACUCGACCCCGUAAUGCUAUUUUGUAGGCUUGGGGUCCAUGA